AUGCUGACAUGCAUUGACUGGUUUACUCAGUGGCCGGUUGCUGCGCCCAUUCCGGACAUCAGUGUCGAAACCGUAGCAAAAGCAUCCCUGACUCAUUGGGUGUCUAAUUUUGGAGUUCCUGCGACUGUCACCACUGACCGCGAAUCCCAAUACGAGUCCACGCUGUUUCACGAGCUCACAUCCCUUCUCGGUACCAACCGAUUCGAACAACAGCAAUACCACCCUCAAGCAAAUGGUCUCGUCAAACGCGUCAAUCGACAACUCAAAACUUCCCUUAUGACCCAGCCCGAUCAUUCCCGAUGGUCUGAUCACCUUCCCCUGGUGCUGUUGUCCCUCCGUUCCACUCUCAAGGCCGACAUCGGAUGCACUGCAGCUGAUCUUGUCUACGGAACCUCCUUACGACUGUCCGGUGAGUUAGUGUCUCCUUCAAACACGCUAACGUUUUUCGAACUUUGCAGUUAUGUGGAGCAAUUACGUAGUGCCAUGCGCAAUCUCCGCGCAACGCCGCCUCGGGCGUCACCGGCCAGCCCCUUCAUCCCUCCCGACCUGGAUAAGUGCGAUUUCGAAUAA